UAUGUUUCAUCCUAUGUUUUAUUUAUUUUUCUUUCCCUUUUCUUACAGUUUAACAACCGCCAUGAUCAUGUACAACUAACAAAGACUUAAACUUUCUUCUUCUUUAGAACUUUUUUCUUGUUUAUACCUCAGACCCAGUUAUGUUUUCUCCUUGUUCAAGCAUUUUUAAAGACAAUUUUUUAAUUUUCUUUUGUUUUUAUUCUUAGUUUUUACUCUGGCUAUGGCGCCUGCAGGGAAAGUUACUGGAUUUCUCAAAGAGGGCAAUGAAUGGUUUUUCAAGACAGGGUUGCCCAGUGAUAUAACUGUUGUUGUGGAUGGCAUUAACUUCCACCUUCACAAGUUUCCACUUGUAUCAAAAUGUGGGAGGAUAGCACGUAUAUGUGAGAAAUCCGUAGAGAAGGCAUUUGCCACCGCUCUUGAAGAAUUUCCUGGUGGUCCUGACUCUUUCUUGAUUGUAGUCAAGUUCUGUUAUGGCAUGCGCUUAGAAUUGACGCCAAGAAACAUAGUUAAUGUUUUUUGUGCAGCCGACUACCUAGAAAUGACAGAUGAGUAUGGCGAAGCUAACUUGCUGUCUAAAUCAGAGAGUUUCCUCCAUAAAAAUAUACUUCGCAACUGGAAGGACUGUAUUUUGGCUCUUCAGAGUUCAGAUCCUGUUUUACCGAGAGCUGAAAAGCUCCAGAUUGUAAGCAAGUGUCUGGAUGCUUUAUCUGUGAUGGCAUGCACAGAUCCUAGUUUAUUUGGAUGGCCCAUGAUGAUGUACGGUAGUUUACAGAGCCCAGGUGGUAGCAUCUUGUGGAAUGGGAUAAACACUGGAGCAAGAAUCCGAAGCACAGAAUCUGAUUGGUGGUUUGAAGACAUCUCUUAUCUCAGUGUAUAUUUGUUUGAAAAACUAAUCCGAGAAAUGGAAAGACGGGGUAUAAGACCUGAAAAUCUCGUGGGUGCUAUUAUGCAUUAUUCCAGAAAGUACCUACCAGGCCUAGGCCGGUGGCAGAGCGGACAAGGUGGGAAAACUAGAACUGUUGCCAGUUUCAGCAUGACGCCUGCUGCUGUUGAUCAAAGGAUUUUAUUGGAAACCAUCGAAAAGCUUCUCCCUGAAAAAAAGGGGAAAUCUUUCUGCCGGUUUUUACUAGGACUUCUUCGCGUUGGACUAAUAUUAGGUGUCAGCCAAACAUGUAAGGACUCGUUAGAGAGGAGAAUAGGGAUGCAACUGGAGAUGGCAACCCUCGAUGGUCUUCUUAUUCCUACUUACUCGGAUUCUGAUACUUUAUAUGACACCGACUGCAUGGAACGGAUAAUUGAUCACUUCAUGACUUCAGAAUCUAGGAUAACAUCAUUUUCUCCGCCAUCAUUGGACCUAGAAACAUCACCGUCAUCUGAACCAUUAAGAAAAGUUGCAAAAGUGGUUGAUAACUAUAUGGCAGAGGUUGCUUCCGAUGUAAAUUUGAAACCCAGAAAAAUACGCUCACUUGCAGAGGCACUUCCAGAUUCUUCAAGACCAUUACAUGACGGAUUAUACAGAGCGUUAGAUAUAUAUUUCAAGGCACACACUUGGCUUUCCGAUAGAGAGAAGGAAGAACUCUGCAAUGUCAUUGACUACCAAAAACUCUCAAUCGACGCUUGUGCACAUGCUUCCCAGAAUGACAGACUGCCGCUUAGAACUGUUCUUCAAGUCCUGUUCUUUGAGCAGAUGCAGUUAAGAACUGCUCUCGCGGGCUGUCUCCAUGUCUUGGAUGGGGAAACUGCCCCUGCUGGCCCCACGACAUUCCCGAGUGAUAUGGCAGGGCAGAUUGUACAAAGAGAUGGAUGGGUAACAGUUGUGCGCGAGAAUCAAGUUUUAAAGGUAGGCAUGGAGAACAUGAGGUCUAGAGUUGGGGAACUUGAAGAAGAAUUUAGUAAAAUAAAACAAGAAAUGAAGAGGGUGACUAAAUCACAUAGCUCUCUUAGCUCCCCUCGUUUGGUACCUCGGAAAAUGGGAUGCAAGCGUCUUCCACGAUCAUCCGAUGCACAACCCGAUAAUUUUGACAGCAAUGUACCUACUCCAAGAGCAUCAGUAGAGCAACCGCGCUCUUCUCGACAUCGGAAAAGUUUCUCUUUGUUUUGAAAGGUAACACAGUAGCCAGAUUUAUUUCUCAACAUCUAAAAUGGAGGAUGCUUUAUCUCUCGGGUUAAUAGCAAAACAAAUUAUGAAUUUUAAUUGCUAACUUUCAACUUUAGCAAUUUAAAAUAUGAACGGUCAAUCUCUCUAUUAUUCGGAACACUGAAUACUUUUCCGCUAAACAAUACUAACGCGGAUGCCACAAUACCAUAUGCGACUGUUUCGAGUCCACAUAAGUAUUUCUCAAUCGGAAUAUUGAUUGGUGUUCCGAAUUGUAAAAAAUUGACCCUUUGUGUUUAAAUUGUUAAAAUUGUAGAACACAUUAAAAUUCACGAUUUGUUUUACGAUUAUUUCUUUUGUCUGGAUAAUUAUUUUGGGGAUGUGUUAUUGUGAAUUGUUGCAGAAAUGAUAGGAAAAAAGCUCCAGUCCAAAUCUGGAGUUAUAGGCAGUCUAUCCCAGAUUUUGAAUGGAGCUACCAUACAUUAUGUAUUUAUAACACGAAUUUAAAAAAGAAAGAAGAAGAAAACAAGGAUUCAUAUUCAUUACGUUUAACACUAUUCUCUUCCUUUACAUGUGUAUAUACAUAUUCUUGAAUUACUUUAUGAAGUUUGUAAUUGUCAUUUCCCAA